UCGACGAUGUUGCAAGGUUAUUGCAAAAGGGCGAAGAAAGAGGUUUUCCAGGAAUGUUAGGAAGUCUAGACUGUAUGCAUUGGCAAUGGAAAAAUUGUCCAACAGCAUGGGCAGGACAAUACUCAGGUCGUCAUGGAGGUCCAACCAUUAUUCUUGAGGCAGUAGCAUCAUAUGAUCUAUGGAUAUGGCAUGCAUACUUUGGCUUACCAGGAUCCAAUAACGAUAUUAAUGUAUUGCAGUCGUCUAAUUUGUUCGACAAUCUAUCACAAGGUAUUGCUCCUCCUGCUCAUUACACAAUUCAAGGAAAAAAAUUAUGAUGUCGGUUAUUAUUUGGCCGAUGGCAUAUAUCCGAAAUGGCCAACACUUGUUCAAACCAUUUCUAAUUCCGAUGAUAAAAAGAAACAAUAUUUUGCAAUGAUGCAAGAAGCAUGUCGAAAAGAUGUUGAGCGGGCAUUCGGUGUUCUCCAAUCACGAUUUGCUAUCAUCAAGGGGCCAGCCCGUUUUUGGGAUAAACGAACUCUGCAUGAUAUCAUGACUGCUUGUAUUAUAAUGCACAAUAUGAUUGUCGAAGAUGAACGCGACGAGCAAGAAGAUGUUGUCAUUUCAACUCCACAAUCAAUUCCGAAUGCUGAAAAUAUGGAGAUAACGGAAACUGAACGAUUCCAACGGUUUCUUGCUCGACAUAAGAGGUUGAAAAACAAAGAAGCUCAUUUUGCACUUCGAAAUGCAUUGAUUGAACAUUUGUGGGAAAGACAUGGAAAUGAAGCUAUGUAA